UGAAGCAGGCGCGCAGCGCAAGCGGCGCGUCAGUUUUUAUAAUAGUGUUCGCGUGUAGACAGACAUCUUGGAGUGAGAGAGAGAGGAGGCUUCGGGCAUCAUCGGGUUCGAAUGGAUAAGAGCCAGCGCUCGGAGACGGUCGCCGUGCUGGCGAACAUGUCCGAAUCGCUGGCGAUCAAAGCCGACGGCGAGCGGCAAGUCGCGACGGUAGUGCAGCGCGCGAGUUCAACGCCGGCUACCCCCAACGACAACACCGUCGCCGUUGUGACGACCCAGCCAACAACGACAGCACACCCGGUGGCCGUCGCAGCAAAUGUUGCCACGGCCACCGGGGUGCCCGUCUCCUUACCCCUUGGCUCCAUCAUCGGCGUUGCUAAUGCCACCAGUGGCACCACCUUCAAUGUCAUCACCUCCGAUCAACUACAGCUACAAUCUGGACAAUUCAAACAAAUGCUCUGUGUGGACAAUGGUUUUAUCUGUGAAGCAAGAGAUGAUAAGUCUGAUCCUUUGAGAUGGAAUGGAGAAUUGAAAGCAACUCACAUUGUGAUACAAAAUAGUGGCGAGGAGAGUGAAAGUGAACCUAUUCAUGUCACGUCAGGAGCAUCAAGUUCAUUGUGUAGUUGGACAGAGUGUGCAAAUAUGGCAGUUUUACCAAUUAGAUGUAAGAGUACAAAUGCUGAACUACACAAAUGUAAAUUUGGGUCGGGUGGACGGGGAAGAUGUAUUAAGUACAAUGAUAUAUGGUAUACGCCUAGUGAAUUUGAGGCAUUAUGUGGUAGAGCAUCAAGCAAAGACUGGAAACGAAGUAUUCGUUUUGGUGGUAGAAGUUUACAAACGCUUAUCGAUGAACAAAUACUCAGUCCACAUGCCACUUCUUGUACUUGUUCUGCUUGCUGUGAUGAUGAUACUGCUGCUGGUCCAAUCAGAUUAUUCACACCAUAUAAAAGACGAAGAAGGGCAAGAGAUCCAAUGGAUGGUGAUGGACCACCACUAAGGAAACAUAAAACUGAAUCAUCUAGGGAUAGCCACAAUGAUGAUAGUGAAGCAGAAUUGCAAGACAAAAACUGUUGGCCAGCAUUUGUCCCUGCAGAUAAUAUUGUGGCUCAACAGCAAGAGACUGAUCAUUUAAUGACAAAUGUGCAAGCAGAAAAUGGACACAUUGAGAGCAAAUUCACUAAGCUUGAUGAGCUGUCAAAUAAACUCUUGAAAAUUGCUCAAGAUUUUAAGAAAGUCAUAGAGGAAUUGAAAGCAGAAGAGAGCAGACAACAAAAAAGGGAUUUAUUGAAUAAUGUCAAUCGCACUGACGUGAUAGACACUGUGGGAUUACAACCUGCUUCAGAUACUCACAGUAAAAAGUGUGCCAACUGCAACAGAGACGCCUAUGCCGAGUGCUCACUAUGUCGACGGACACCCUACUGCUCGACAUUUUGCCAACGAAAGGACUGGAAUGUACACCAAGUAGAAUGCGUCCGAGAUGCUACUGAGACAGUGAUGCUCAUAGUUGAGAGUAGCACAGGAGAUGCGGCUACUUUGGCUGCAGCUACUGCUGGGGACCAAUAACUAGUAUUUCUUUCUCCAGUGAAUUGCGUUGAUGAGGUGUAAUGCAAAUGAUUAUUCAUUUCUUUAGGUUAAAAUCUAUUUUAAUUUAAAUGAACCACUUGCAUAAAAUGUGGCAUUACUGAUUCUCUUUCCAUCCAUCGUAAACUUAUGCAACUUGAAAUUUAGUUAUUUUUCAUAUAAAUGUAAAUACUUAUAAUUAAAUGUAAUUAUAGGAUAAAUUUAAGAUCAUAUAUGUGCAACAUUUGUACAAAAAAUUAGCCUAACUUAAUUGUGUAUUUGGACAAAUCAAAUGUUUUAUUAUUGUAACAUAAAACUUAUAAUACGUUCCAGUUGAAAGGCAAUGUAAUGAAUAUACAAAAAAAGUGCUAAUAUGUAGAAAGAAAAUGUUUUUAUCUGGAUGUGUAAAUAUUGUAUGAAUUUUGUACUUAUGUCAUUAUGGCUAUUUAUUUUUUAAAUUAAAAUUUUAGUUCAAACUUUGGAAAUUCAUAUUUACUAUUAGACUGCGCCAAAACAGUAUAACUAUUUUAAUAAAAAAAUUGUAUAUGUAUUAUGUAAAAUUUUUGUAUAAAAGUAAAGGAAGUACUUCCUUUUUUAAUAAGUA